AUGCUGUUGCUCGUCACCGUACGUGGCCAACGGUUGGUGGCCCUCCUCGACUCCGGCUCGACGACGAACUUCAUCCACGCCGACCUCCUCAGUCGCCUGGGGCUGACCACAACUCCGCACCCCUCGCUGUGUGUACUGGUGGGUAACGGGGACCGGGUGCCGUGCCAAGGGGUCGCCCGCGACGUCGUGCUCACCAUCGGCUCUGAGGAGUUCACUGUCACAUGCUUCGGCAUCACCUUGGGCGAGUUCGACCUCAUCCUGGACGUCGAGUUCCUCCGGACGCUCGGGCCCAUUCUGUGGGACUUCGAGAGUCUCUGCAUGACCUUCACACGCCGCGGCCGCCGCAUCCUGUGGCGCGGGUUGGGCGCACCACACAUCGACACCAAGGCGCCCAGCACCCACGCCGUCGCCGCCUCGACCGGGCAGCCCCUCCUCGACCGCCUACUACUUCAGUUCGCCGCGGUCUUCAACGAGCCUUGCGGCCUACCACUGGCGCGCCCGUACGACCACAGGAUCCACCUCCUGCCGGCUACCGCUCCUGUCACUAUCCGACCCUACCGCUACCCGCAGCUACAGAAGGACGAGCUGGAGCGGCAGUGCUCGGCCAUGUUGCAGCAGGGGAUCAUUCGGCCCAGCACCUCGUCGUUCUCCGCCCCAGUGCUCUUGGUCCGCAAGCCGGACAACUCCUGGAGGUUCUGCAUCAACUACCACACCCUUAAUGCGAAGACCUCCAAGGACAAGUUCCCGAUCCCGGUGGUGGACGAGCUCCUCGAAGAGCUGCACGGCGCCAUUUCUUCACGAAGCUGGAGUUACGCUCGGGCUACCACCAGCUCGUCUUGGACGGAGCACCUGCAGCACGUCGUCGUCGUCCUACGGGCUCUUCAGGAUCACCACCUCCACCUCAAGCGCUCCAAAUGCUCAAUUGGGGCAUCCUUGGUGGCCUACCUCGGCCAUGUGAUCUCCGCUAGGGGUGUGGCCAUGGACGCUGACAAGGUGGAGACCGUGGCUUCGUGGCCUGUCCCGCGCUCCGCUCGUGCACUGCGGGGUUUCUUGGGGCUGGCCGGCUACUACCGGAAGUUCAUUCGGAACUUCGGGAUCAUCGCCGCCCCGCUUAUGCGUCUCUUGCGGCGAGACGCGUUCGCUUGGGACGAGCGCCGAGGCGGCAUUCCGGGCGCUUAA